GGCUUGGCCAACCCCUUUCGCUCCUCUCGCCGCUUUGGGUUGGGGUUUAAGCGAGUGCGAGGGAGGCCGGAGGCGACGACGACGGGCGCCGGCGUCGGAGAAGAAGAAGCAGCCAACUCUCGUAUAUGUCUUCUUGCCCCUUUUCCGAUCUGGUGGUGGUCGUAGCGCUCAUCGUAGCCGUCGUCGCCGUCCUCCUCCGCGCCCUCGCCUGCUCUAGCCGAUCUAUGCGCAAGGGGCUCAACGGCUGGAACAAAUCCUCGUCGAUGCUCAGGGACGGGUUCGGGGUGAAGUAUUCCGGAUUCCUCCACAUAAGGCCGUGCGGCUUCUGUCGAGGAGACUGACGGAUUCGACCGAUUUGUGCUCGGCUCCGUCAAAUUUUUGCACUCAGAGAAAGUUUCUUGUUUUUCUUUAGUAGUUUUCCCCCUUAGUUUUGGCAAUUUUGGUGAGAGUUCUCUCCGGCUGAGGAGAUAGAAGAGAGAUGGCUCCGUUGAACCACCACCAGGUUCUCAUCAAGAAGGCCCUGGCGAAGAAACCCAACAGCACCAAGAGGAUGACUGGGUUUGGCCUUAAACCCUCCGCUGCCCUCCUGAAGUCCCGGCCGCAGCAGCAGCCGCCGGCGCCGGUCCAGCCAAGGCGCCGCGUCCGCGUCCUCUUUGAGGACCCCGACGCCACGGACUCGGACUCCGACGACGAGGAGGAGGCUGCCGGCGCCCCUACUACGGGCCCUGCAACAAGGACCAAGCUCUUCUCUUUUGAGGCGUACAUCGGCAAGGCCCCAGCCAAGCCGGUCCUUCCGGCGGCUACUGUCGCCGCGUGCACCAGCGGCGGGGCGCCGGAGAGCUACCGCGGCGUGAGGCUCCGCAAGUGGGGCAAGUGGGCGGCGGAGAUCCGCAACCCGUUCACCGGCAAGAGGCAGUGGCUUGGCACCUUCGACACCGCCGGUGCGGCCUCCGCUGCCUACCUUUCCGCCUCCCGGAGCUUCGCCGACGAGAAGCGGCGCCGCCGCGGGCAGGCUGUGCCCGCUUCCGCUUCCUCACCUGCUACUUCGGCAAGCGCUACCCCGACGGCGUCCUCUUCGUCGUCCACCUCGACUGCUCCGUUCGCGCACCCGUCGCCGUCGUCCGUGCUCGAAUCCACCACCAAGGCAGCAGCGCCGAACCCCGAGUCUCCAGAGCCGGUCGCGACACCAACACCCGUCGUCCUGCCGCCGUCCACUGAAUCUGCUGCGCAGCUGCCGGACGACCCAGAGUUCUACCAGGACCUUCUGCGCGGCCUGCAGCUGCCCGACAUCGACCCGAUGGACUUCCGCGCCGGGCUGGACGCGCUGGACGUCUCGGACGCGGCCUUCUGCCUGGACGACGAACAGGACCUCCUGCUUGGGGACUUCGGGGAUGAGGAGCUGGAGAUUGACCUCGACCUCGACGACAUCAACGACGUCUUCCCGGAGAUGCCUGGCUGCGACCUGGGCCGCGGCAUGGACGACUUCCUGCAAACCGUCGAUUUCUGCGUGUGAAUUAAGGAGUGUGCCUUAAUAUGUUAGGGUUGUUGGUUUGAUAAAUCGGGGCCUCGGGAGUGUGCUUGGAAGGGGGAUGAUCUUGGGUUUUUUCCCCGGGCAAUUCAAUCUGCUCGUGCCCAAGAGAUUUCUUCUUCUCGAACAGCACAUUAGCUUGCGGCCGGAGAGAGUAAUUUUGGUAGUAGGUUACAUUAUGAUAAGUUAUAGUGGCUGUGCUCUGUUUCCUAUGUUAUUUGGUAAUGCUUGUCAAGACAUUAUAGUGGACAAGUCAUUGAGCUGUUACUAUUAAGCUAUGAAAGAAAAAUAAGUUCGUGAUUA